AUGAUUUCCGCCCGCCUCGCAUCAAGAACAAGCACACUCCUCCGCAACCUCAAACCAACGGCCCUUACUCCCUUAACCCGCACCUUCCUCACCACCACCCCGCUUUACGCCAAAGACGACAAAAUGUCCACUUCCCCACCAAAGCACGAAAUGGUCUACUUUGACGCCCUAACCUCCAAAGUGCGCGCCUUUGGCCAAUUCAGAAAAGUCAUCCACACAGGACUGUAUUCGCAAUUGGUCACCAUGGAAAUUCCUGUCGGAGGCGAUAUUGGCAAUGAAGUGCAUUUGGUGGAUCAAGUGUUGAUUUUCACCAGCGGCACUGGAAAGGCUGUUGUUGCUGGCAAGGAACAGGUAAAGAUUGCUCCUCAGACCUCCAAAACACAGACACAGAGCACUGACAAGAGAAACNAGGAUAUCAAAGCCAGUGAUGUGGUUGUCGUUCCUGCGGGAACAGAACAUCAGUUCUACAAUACGAGUAAAGAUCAGCCUUUGGAGUUGGUUACCGUGUACAGUCCUGCCGAGCACGAUAGCAGGACUGUGCACAAGACAAAGGAGGAGGGUGACGAAGAGGAGGAUGCUGGCAAGGAUGAGGCGCCAGAGUGGAGCAGACAGAGCAAGGAUACCAACGAGAAGAAGGGUCUUGUCAAGGAGGAGGGCGGUCCUUAUGAGAAUGGUGACGAUGGUCGUCACGGCCGUAAAGUUGAGUAG